ACAUUGGUAGAUUUUGUCAACAUUUUAUUGGCAUCUGUUUUUAGAAAAUCUGAACUUCUCUACAAGCUUCAAGAAAUCGCUAUUUUGCAAGCAGAUGUUUUCAAACUUGGUGAAGAUAAUGAAGACAGUCUCAAGAGGAAAGCAGAUGACUCUGGUGAAGAUGAAAUAAAGAAACCUGCCUUUAAGAACUAUAAACCUGAAGAUGAGAGCUUGCAGGAGCAUUUAGUUCCCCAAACAGAAGUGCCAAAAGUUGAGGAGCAGGUACAGGACCAACUAAAAGCUGCAGUGGCUGAACCGGUUGUAGAAGAAGUGGACAUUACAAACCUUGCACCCAGGAAACCUGACUGGGAUCUGAAGAGAGAUGUGGCAAAGAAACUUGAAAAGUUAGAAAGGAGAACGCAAAGAGCUAUUGCAGAACUGAUAAGAGAGAGGUUACAGAACUCUGAAGAGAAUGACAUUGUAUCAGCCCUAACAGCGCAUUCAGAAGUCAGUGAAAAGGAGAAAGCAACCUAUGACUCUGAUUCAGAUUAGUACAUUUUGAAACAAAUUUUGCGUAACUUAAUUCUGAUGAUAAUGACUUUGUAUCAGCUAUUACAGCACAUACAGAGACCAGUUGAAAGGAGAUGGCUACCCCAUACUCUGAAUGAAAUUCCAACCGCAAGGAAGAUUUCUUCAAAUUUCCAAACUGAUUAAUCUGAUCUGUAAGCAGCAGAGAAGUUGCUAGCAACGGAACUUCCUACACAUACACCUAUCUCAUGCCAUCUUGAUAUAGAAGAGCCACUGAAGCUUCAGACACCCCUUUUUUCUAUCAAUUUCAGUCCUCUGCCUCUUUGAGUGAUUUUGCAAACUUCGUUCCUGUCCACUCAUUUAUGUUAUGUUCCCAUUUCUUGGGCUGUCUACACUAUUUGUGACUCCAUCUCAUGGUUCCUUUAAAAAGGACCACCUGAUAUGGAAAUAUGACCAUACCACCUUAGUUUAUGGAACUUAGAACUUCAAGAAUGACCAAAUCAGAUGGCGAUAUUUAUUAUGUUUGUGAAUGAAUCCUUCCUUUAUACAUUAAUUCAGAGAAUAUAGAAUAUUCAAAAUGGCAAUCAGUAUGUUCUAUACGAUUGGAGCAUGUGGAAACAAAGUAACCUUAUUUCAAAUACCACAAUAUCUGGUAUGAAAGGCAUAAGAGUAACGUUCAUAAGUGAGUUUUGUACUCAAGUGUAGAGGAUUAGCAACCAUCCAAAUGUUUUGUUUUAACAGAUAAAAUAGAAAUGGAUGUUCCAUUACGGGAUGGGUGCCCCAUAACUUGAUGGAAAACAGUAUGGAAACAUUUAAUUCUGUACUCUCCACAAUCCAGAUAUCUGACUUUUUACAUACAUGUGGUUUGGUGUUAUCAUUAAUGUUUGACACUUGAAUGAAGCUUCAUGACGUACUUGCUGUCAGGAUGCAAAGUCCAGCUGUGACUUGGAGGGCCCUUGAUUGUGAAUAUCAUUCACAACACCAAGUAAACAGCAUAUGUUCUCUUCAAGCAAUCAUGUGAUGUGUUAACAUAUUAGAACAUGUUGUAUGUGACUAUCAAACACAGUCUUUCAGUAUUGAUGAUUUCAGUAUAAAACAUAAUUCAUAGCAAUCAUAUUAAUUAUCUUAAAAUGUGACUAUGAUAUUCCCCAGGGGUGGGGUGGAUGGGGAUCUUAUUGAUUGCUCUACAUCAGGGUUGGGCUCAAUUAAUUUCUUCAAUUACAGUUAAAUAAUUGAAGAAAUGUUCAAUUCCAAUUACUUUUCAAUUAAAUUACUUUUUUAUUCAAUUACAAUGACCAAUUACUUUUGUCAAUUACAAUUUCAAUUACUUUUCUAUAAAAGUCAUAUAUGAAAUCACUUUGUAUUCUGUAUGUAUUAGCACCACCUAUUUCAACAUUAUUCUAAACUAUUCAAGAGUUCCAAUACUGUAACUGUAUUUAAAUUCUUGAUUGAUUUCUAUAUUGAUAUUCCUGGUGAUCCUCUUCUUCAUUUAAAGCUAUCACUUCAUGUCUCCCACACUCUUCCCUGAUCAACCUCAUUAAGUGGUUAAUAGGCUGUUGUGUAAUUAAGUAGUGACCUAGAUCAGUCUCCGUCUAAGGAGCAGAUACGUUCGCAUCCAAUUAAAAUUCCCUGUUAAUGGAAACCUCAUAUCAGACCUGGUCAUUAAUGAUUAAAAAUUCCUUCAUGGUUCAUUUACUGUGCGCUUAGAGGUGUGCAAGUCCAAGACCAUGUGGUCUCCCACACAUACAUAUAUUGUGGUAGAGUUUUUAACACACACAGGCCAUGUUACAUAAUGGGCAAUGCCAUGAAAUUAUCAAUCUUUUUGUACUUCCGACCCCCAUUUUUCUCAUUUUUUCAUAAACUGACCAAGUCAUGGUCCUUUGAGAACACUACAGACAAUCAAAAGAACAAGAAAUCAAAGAAAGAAGAUUUCAUGAAAUUCCCACAUAUUAGGGGGUCAGACGUACAUAUUUUAUGGAAUUGCCCUAAUAUAAACAGAUAAAAUGCUUUUAUGUGAACUACCUAGAUUUAAAAUAUUUCAUUCAACCAAACUAGUCAUUGAUAAUUGUAUCUCAUCAUUUAGAAUAAAAAUUGAGUGUGGAGAGGACCUGUCCUUGCGCCAUUGGUCCUUUGGUUGCUUGCUUGCUUACGAGCAUUCAUGCUUUCUUAGCGAUCAGGUUAAAAAUCACUACCAUUUCCAUUUUUACAUAUAUAUAUGAUAUUGCAAUGUAGGAUGAACCAUGCAUGACAAUAUACCAUUUACAUUUUAAAUGUAGUUUGUAUGAAAGUGUAUCGCUAUUUGUAGAGUCAUGUCAAUCACUGUUGAUUUUAUUGAAUAGCCAGGUAUGAUUGGUCUAAUACAUGUAUCUGACAUCACAUGGCUAUUAAAUUUAAUAAGGGCCUUAUCGCAUAGAAGUUGCUAUUACACAAACUUGACCAUUUAGUGGUAACUCUCAUAGAGUCCUUGAUUGUCUGUUAUGAAUUGUUGUCAUUAUACUUACCUUUGAAUGGCAAAGUUUCCAUAAUAAUAUUGUAGUGUUAAAGGAAUGCAGUUGCUUGGGAUUUCUCAAAACUCAGCUGGUUUAUGAAUGUGUGUUUCGUUGAUGAAUAAAUGUACAUAUUUUUAUGCUAACUUUUUAGACUUUCAA